AUGACGACCACUACAACUGAAAACAUAACUGGAACGAUCCAAGAUCGAACCUAUAUUCCUCGAGGCUCAGCAACCGCCGACCUUGUCUUCUAUGCGCCACCCCCAGAUAACUCCGCGCCAUACAACUAUGUUGAACCCCAACCACCGGGCCAGCUUCAACGCAACUAUCUGCAAAACGAACAGAAAGUAACAAUAACCGACAUCCGUAACGCCGAAAGCACCUUUAGCUUGGACAAAGACGCCUUCCAAGCCCUUCAACAAAUCCCCACAUCAACAACAUACGAGACAUUCGAUUCAGAGACGUCCAUCCGAGAGAUCUACUAUCCAGAAGUCGAAUCCCUCCUCCUAUCAAAGAUACCAGGAGCCCACAAAAUCGUCCUCUUCGACCAUACAAUCCGUCGCCAGAAGGAUGGCGCACCCCGCCAACCCGUCACACGCGUCCACGUCGACCAAACACGCCGAGCAGCUGCAGACCGCGUAAGACUCCACAUACCAGAUCCCGAAGAAUCAGAAAAGCUACUGAAAGGACGCUAUCGCAUCGUCAACGUCUGGCGUUCACUCACCGACGAGCCGGUCCAAUCCGCUCCUUUAGCCUUUGCUUCUGCGACUUCUGUACAGCCUGAUGAUCUGGUACCCGUCCAGCAUCGGUACCCGAACCGGGUUGGGGAGACUCUCGGGGUGAAGUUUAAUGAGGGUCAGAGGUGGUAUUAUUGGUCUGGAAUGACACCUGAUGAGCGCCUGUUGCUUAAAUGCUCUGAUUCGGAGGUAGUCUUGGAUUCUGGCGCUGGGAUUGGGGACCGCCUUAUCAUUCCCAAGUCCCCAAUGUCAACAAUCUCAGACCAUCAAAAAACAACAAGCAAAACCCCCGCACCAACCAUAAAGGGUAGCGUAGGGCCAUCUCUACGCACAUUCACCGAGGCAGCCUCAACCCCAGAGACACACUCCCGUAUCCUUCCGGCAAUAAAACACGACCACCAAGAACUCAAAUCCCACAGCCACAAAAUCCUCAACUCAACAAAUCCAGAUGAACAAACCCGUUUCCAAAACCAGCUGGUCUGGGAACUAGCUCGACACAUGGUUGGCGAAGAACUAGUCGUCUACCCAGCCCUCAUCGACUCCCUGAAAGACGGACAGCAAACAGUCGAUAGGAAUAGAUUGGAGCAUCAGGGCGUCAAGACGCAGCUCAAAAUGUUUCAGGACCUGUCAUCUACCGAUCCACAGUUUGUGCCUACACUGAAGGUUCUUCUGGGUGAUUUUGAGAUUCAUGCUAGGCAUGAGGAGGAUGUGGUUUUGCCUAUGCUUGAGGAUGUUUUAUCUAAAGACGAGAGUGUGGCGUUGACGAAGUCUCUGGAUCGAACGAAGAUCUUUGUUCCUUCCAGGUCACAUCCCCUUGUGCCUAAUAAGCCACCUUUCGAGACUGCUGCUGAAUUGCUGGCUGCACCUAUUGAUAUUUUAACGGAUUGGUUUCGGAAGUGGCCUGCGGAGAAAAACAAAGCGUAG